AUGGCCUUCGAUACCAAAGAUCAAUGGACCUGGAAGCAGUUCGCUAUCUGUUUCAUGAUUUGCCUUGGGCAAGUGGCUUUUGGCUAUCCUGCGUCGAUCAUCGGAGUCACUCUCACUAAGCCUUCAUUCUUGACAUACAUGAAUCUACUCGACGCCGAGGGAAAUUUCACGGAUGAGUCCAAUGCCUUGAUUUGA